AUGGAAGAGAUAAAGCACCAGUGUAAGUUAUGUUGGAAGAGCUUCCUUAAUGGAAGGGCCUUGGGAGGUCACAUGAGGUCUCACUUGCUUCUUCAUCCUCUCCCGGCUCACCCCGAGUCAGCUUCGUCUUCAAUGGCGCAAGACAGAGAGAGCGAAACUGAAUCCUCCAAGAAGCCGACCCGUAAACGAUCCAGGCUUAACCGGAGAUCCAUAAACGUCUCAUCACGUCAUCAACAAUCCGAUGAAGAGAAAAGUGAAACAGCAGCAGAUUUGAAGAUCAUGAAGCCGAGAUCGAGUCAAGAACUCAGUCAUGAGUCGUGUACAGAGCAGGAACCGAUGAGUUCGGUGUCGGACGCUGAAACAGCAGAAGAAGACGUGGCCUUUAUGCGAGACUUGCGAGAAAGUGUUCAAGUCGUAUCAGGCGUUAGGUGGGCACAGAGCAAGCCACAAGAAGAAGAAAGGUCAUCUCCAAGGCUCAUCUUCUUCUUUGAUCGAUGA